AUGGAUCAGCACACCGUCUUGAAGGAGAUAAAAGAGAGCAAGAACAACUGCGAGGCCUUCUUUGAACUGCACUUUAGGGGGUUCCUACCACGUGGGAGAGGGGUCGAAUAUGAAGAGGGGAUCACAGCAGAAGAAUCAGAAGAAUUGGAAAAAAAAGUUCACUCAUUAUGGGAAGAGGUAAAAGCGGAGAAGGAGUACAUAGAUGGGGAGAUAAAGACCGAGGUAGAAGAGUACAGGAGCAUGGUAAUCGAAACGAAGACACAUGUGGAGGCCAUGCAGUUUGAAAUGGAGAAAGUGUUCAGUAGCAUUAACGUGGAAGAUCUGACGGUGCCUGUUGGGGAAGGCAACCUGGAUGGAGGUGUACUACAAACAUGGGAGGAAAAUAAUUGGAAAAGCGCUACCUCCUGCAGUAGCGACAGUGUUAGAAGUGGGAACGCAGAGGUGGGUCGUCACCAUAGGGAUGACCCCCACCACGACAGGCACGACACGCACGACACGCACGAAACGCACAACACGCACGAAACGCACAACACGCACGAACUAGAGAGUGUCCUUCGAAAAAGCGUCGACGCGAAAAGCAGACUGGAGAAUAUCAAAAAAGGAUUGCUCUUUUUAAAGGCAUUCCCAUCCUUAAAAAAAAACAUGAACGAAUUAUUUUUAAUUGUAAAAAAUGUACAGCUAGAUAUAAAUGAAAAAAUAAAAAAAGCAAUUAUGUUACACUCCAAUAUGCUCUACAUAAAUGAGCAUGAAGAAAUUAUUUCCUAUUUUAAAAUUUAUUUGUCUUCCCUUGAUGUGUCACUAUAUAGUGCAGAAUUUUUUGAAGAUUUUUUUUCCCUUCUAAAUAGCGUUCUCUCAUCUUUCCUGAUCGAUAGUAGUGUCCAGAUCGACUUGAAGAAAAUUGUGCGCAUUUACGUACAGACCAUCUGUACUUAUUUGAAGUUUCUCCACAUGUACGUGUAUUCUGAGGGGUACGUGAUUGAGGUGAUUACAAAACAGAUUGUUCAUUUUAUGGUGGGAAAUUUUCGGAAAACUUUCUUCAAAUUCACACAAUCCGAGACAGGGUUGGCUGUCCACAACGCAGUGAUAAACUAUUAUGAAUACUUCACAACAUUUAUUGAGGAGCACCAGGAGGCUAUGCGGUGUCUCGUCCGGCAAAUUUGCGCAGAAGUUGCCACAGUUGUCCAAACUGUCAGGGAAACUGAUGAAGGAGACCAAGUGGACCACCACGAGGACGAGUUCUUCGUGGGGCUGUACAAGGAGGCAAUCGAGGUGGUGGGUCACUUGGUAGGAGAGCAUACGAAGCAAUUUCACGACGAAAAAUCAAGCACGAAUAAACGGAAAGGGACUGAGACGCACAAAAUUAUGGAUGCACUGAACGUUAGCGUGAAUAUACUUUCCAACUCUCCCUUCCUCAUCGGAAAAAAAAACAUGCUAAGUAGAAUACUAAAGGAGGCAAUUUUUAUGAACGACAAUAUUAUGGCAGAACAUGUAGUAAACCUGAGUGACACCUCCCAUUUUGACAUGCAUUGCUUCGAAGAGGUGAACAGAAAAGUUAGCACAUUUAACCGAAAUGACAUAAUGGCGGAGAAUAAGCUAGAGAAUUUUUUUACGCAUCUGGAAGAAGACAUCACCAAAAUCAUUCAAAAAAAAAAAAAUGAAAUAAAUUCAAAAGAGAUAUUCAAUACUCCUUUUUUUAAAUUCAUCCCUUUUUUUUCAUUCACUUUUAAUCAUGAUACAGAAUUUCUUUUGCUCUUCAUUAAUGUAUACAACUUUGUGUAUGAAAUAAUUUACAACAUCAAGGACCAAAUACGGAGGAAGGAGGAAAAUGAAAAAAGAAAAAGGAAAAGCUUGACAGGCAUUCAUGCUGAACAUGACAACGAAGAGGAUAAAGGUGAUGAUGGCGCUCGCUAUCUCUGCAUGAAGCAGGAAAUAGACUCUUCCAAUGAAGUCAUAGAGUACGUGAAAAUUGCCAUGACGACCUUUAUUAAAAUCCUUAACACCUUUGUUAAUAUUACAAAAUUGUAUGAAUCCUUUGGGAAGUAUCUUUUCGAAAGAACUUAUGGCCAUUUUAUGAGUAGAAGUGUGAUCAACGGUAUUUCCAAAAGUUAUCUGAACAGACAGGAGAAGUACCCCCCGGGGGUCGAUCUCAACAUUGCCCACGUUCACGCGUAUUUCGAGAAGGGUGACUUUCCCAAGAGGGUUCCCUCCACAGAAAAUACCAACGGAGAGUUCACUGUGCGAGAAGAAUUGCGUAAAAUGAAACAUGAUGAUCACCACACAAUAUCACAAGGAGAGCAAGGAGAUGGCUUCCCAAAUGAAGAACCUCCCUCUGAGGUCGAGGUGGACGAGAACGAGUGCGGAAAACAUCUACUAAAAUCAUCUCUGUGCAAAUUGAAUGACAUAAAAAAUACCAUUAUAAAAAAUAUCAUUCAGUUGGCCUUAAUCCCACUGUACAAUUACACAAAUAAAUACACUGUCAAGGUGGGUGCUCUUCGGAAGGAAGACAAGGUGGACAAGUCGGAUCCAGACGAAAACAUUUGCUUCAUCGUAGAAACCAUAUUCUUGUACAUUCAGAUAUUCCAUGAGCACGACAGUAAAUACUUGAUGGAUCUUCUAUUCGAACAAAUGGCCGAGAUGUUCCUUUCCUCUGUAAGCAGUAUUUCCCACUUGAAUGAAACACUGCUUCGCCAAUUACAGGCAGACACGCAAUACUUGAUAAAUGUUUGCAAAAGAUUGAAGGUGAGGAAUUACAAACCUUUUUUUUUGUUCAGCUGCUCGCUUUCUUUUCUUCUCACACGGAGGAGCAGAGAAGGAAACCGCGACGAUUCGUCAGAGUUGCGUGUCGAUCCGUCAGAUGUGCGUGUCGAUUCGUCAGAGUUGCGCGCCGAGGUCCAAGCCUACCUGAGCGACUGUGCCAAGUGGGAUGGGCAAGACCAGGAAAGCGUACACCCUUUGGGCAUAACGAGUGAUGACGCCCCAAUUGUCGAGGCGCAUGUCACGCGGUUCCUCUCGUGCCUCAAGUGA